AUGCUCAGGACCCUAACCUAACUGGCGCUGACGCCCAAUCGAGGAUCAACUUACCCGGUAGCUCUCCAGUACAUAUUCCGUUCGUCCAGCAAGCUCCCUGGCUGCCCAUCAUGCAGGCUACAAGGCCCCUCUUGUACAAGGGCUUUAUCGGCCGCAGCCUGGAUGAGUUCAAGAGGCUUUCACACAUUGUCUUCAGCCUCGAAGGUAUCAAGGGCGCCAAGACCCCCUAUGAACUGCACAGUUUCCGCAGCCCUUCGUCCAUUCAAGAUUGCAAGGUCAUGUCCGAUGUAGAGAUCGGCGGCGUCUCGAAUGCGAACCUCGAUUGGGUGCCCUCCCCUCCGCCUUCCUCCGGCGUACGACCCCCGUCUCCCCACUCGCCGGGCUACGCCCGUUUCCACGGAACCAUUUCCACACAACUCCCCAAAAACCGCCCGGAAAUCAAGCGGACAGGCUACGCGGCCUUCAGGACACGAGACAGGCCGCCCACCGUCUUCGGGCGCAGUCUCUGGAACAUCGACCCAUAUGUUUACCUCGCCCUGCGCGUCAAGUCCGACGGCAGGAGCUACUUCGUCAACGUGCAGACCGAGUCCGUGGUUCCCACGGACCUGCACCAGCACCGGCUGUUUGUCAAGAAGCCCGGGGAGUGGGAGACGGUGCUGAUCAAGUGGAACGACUUUGUGCGGACGAACCACGGCUUCGUGGUCGAACCGCAGACCGAGAUCAUGAGGCAGAAGGUCAGGUCCAUCGGCGUAGGGCUUACCGACAGAAUACCGGGGCCCUUCGAACUGUGUAUUGAGAGGAUGUGGGCUACGAAUGACGAGAGCGAAGCGGAUAGUGUGCUGGAUGCCUCGACGGCUAAGGAAGGGGAGCUGAUGACGAAGCAAGGGCAGAAGAUUGCUUGGGGGAGUAAAUAAGGCGGGAGGAUUGUGUUGGAUACGAUUGUCUCGAGUGCUCCCUGCAUAGGAGCUAGAGCGUGCACAAGAACCGGCGAAACCAUGAAAAAGGGGCCCAAGAUUAGCAACUACCGGCUGCUGCUGGAAGGCCUCGGAAUGUCGUGUCCACUGAGUUAGGGAUGUAGGCUGCGUCUUGCGUGCCUUGGUUCGGCCAUUGACCGUAUUGCCAGCCCAAAGACAUUUUCGCGGUUAUCAAUUGGAGAUUGAGUCAGACAUCGGUCAUGGGAAAGGAGCGUCUAGGUGGUACGACCGUGGUCCACUGUUCUCGAGGUUUGCUCGACCGUGGCAAUGCUGACAGCCCGAGA